GGAUAAGAGAGGGUAGGGGGAAAUAAGCGGGGAGGAGAGGAUAAGUGAGGAGGCCUGGCUGAUGCAGGGAAGACGACCAUAGGAGCCUGGGUUCGGGAUUGCAGCCCUCUGCAUCCUGAAUUUAUGCAGAGGAUGGCAGGGGGGUGUGUGCCCUCCCGGGAGAAGGCAAGGUGCUGGCUGGUGCUUUCACACACCCUGUCUUGAAGCACAUGGUGUGCAGGCUGCGGCUGGGGAUCACUCCUGCUGUACCAGUUGCACCUUGGUCAGCAAACCUUACGUGGUAGCAGUGCUUUUUGGAAAAUAAGGAAAUACAGAACAUGGCUGUCCCCAUCCAAGUAUUGUGUACAGCUUGCUUAAGGUAGGAGUUUCUCCACGUUUACGUCCUGUGUAGGGCAAUAAUCCACUCCACAUGACCUAGUUCAGCUUUUAACAUCAUGAUAACUUUUCUAGCUGGUGCAUGGAUGGUGCAUUUCAACAGUAGAGUGCCAGUGGUGGUUUGUAGUCCUUGCACUCAUUGUUAUAUUUAUCUCUUUCUUCCAAUGGAAAACUGAAAGACCAGACUAAUUCUCAGUUGGGUCCUGAGUGAUGUCAUAGCAGACAGAAAUGGUAGUUUAUGAACAGCAAUAACUGCCCGUCAGGGCUUUCUUUUGGCUGAACCAAUCACUUGAUAUCUGCAUUCCCUUUGGAUUUGGUGUUCUACUUUAAGUCUUAUCUAUCUGUUAAACAAAUGUCCCGCUUUUCUGUUGCCCAGGACCAAGUCUCUGUACUGCUUUUAUGGUCCAUCAGUCAACAUGUCUGUCAUUUCAGCUUUAGUUCUCCCUAUUUUAAUUUGGAGGCUUUUUGUUCUAGUUGCAGCCCAUCUGUGCAGUCCAGGUCUCAUUGACUGGAAGAUAUUUGAUGUGAAAAAGGACCAUUUUGGAUGAUGGUGGUCUUGCCUUUAUUGGGUUCCUCAUCGUCUGCCUGAUACUGGCCUGUUCUAGCAUUUCCUGCCAUCCUAUGCCAGAAACUUCCUUAAUGGACCUCAGGAGAUCUUCUGUUUGUCAGAAGAGGGCAUACUGUAUUCUACAGCUUUUGAUCUUAUUGGUUACCUUUGUUUGCACAGCCUAUAUCCUUUUAUUUCUCUUGCACUGUGAAUACCAAAACGCAUGCCCUGCUUUCAGUUCAAAUGUUUUGUUUCUUGUCUGCGUCUCCUUGAAAACACUGUUUUCUCCUGCCAUUAUAAUACUCUUCUGCAACUGGUGGACAGUGGCCUUGACCCAGCCAUCAUCCUGAUACGGGUGCCAGUCUUUCUGCCUGCUCUGUAACUGGGAAGCAACAGGCUAGAGUGUGUCCGAGUGUCCAGGAAUGGUGUUAAAUAUGGGAACUGAAGACCAGAAACCUUCUGUCCUGGGAACUAGACAUCGUUUUGGAUGAAAACAAGGAGAUGUAGAAAUGUUUGAAAUGGGCAUAAAUGUCUUUGGUUGCUUGAAGUCCAUAUUUUCUUGACACUUAGAGAGAUCGGUAUUCUUAAGCAGGUUAAAGAUUACAUUAAAGAAUGCAGCAAGUGCCAGGAAAAGCUAGAUCGCUCUAGAUCUCUGUCAGAUCCAUCUGAAAUGCUAGAGGAACUAGGAUUGGAUGCAAAAUCUCAUGAAGAUAGUAAUGAAACAGAUGAUGAAUUGAGUAAUACAGCAUCAAUCCCAGCUGCAUCCCCAAAGCCUGUGAAGAAGAAGCCAAUAGCAAAGCAUGAGCUUGUAUUUGUUGACAGUAAGGGCCUUGUGAAGCAGUCAUCUUCCAAACAUUGUCUGUCAGUCUUAAAGCAACUGAAUCAGCAGAGGCUUUCCAAUCAGUUCUGUGAUGUGACUCUGCUGAUUGAAGGAGAGGAGUACAGAGCUCACAAAUCUGUCUUGGCAGCCAACAGCGAGUACUUCCGAGAGCUCUUCAUUGAAAAGGGAGCUGUCUCUAGUCAUGAAGCUGUAGUGGACCUGUCAGGGUUCUGCAAGUCCAGCUUCCUGCCUCUAUUGGAAUUUGCUUAUACUUCAGAAUUAACUUUUGACUUCUGUAGUAUGGCAGAAGUGGCCAUGCUUGCCCGGCAUCUCUUCAUGUCAGAGGUCCUUGAAAUCUGUGAAAAUGUGCACAAACAGAUGGAAGAGAAACAGAUUACAGUGUACCAAAAGGGAGAUAUUCAAACGGUAGAGUCAACACAAAAUUUAGUAGAACAGACUGAAGCUGAGAUGCAUCCUGUAGAUGGUGCUGAGCAACCUGAGCUCUCAGCCGGUGAAGUGCCAGUAGCUGUAAAUGGAGCUCUUUCCUCUGCUGGGCCAGAGGAGACAGCAGCACCCCAGCCUGACCUCUUGCUCCCAGAGCCUGCGAAGCCCACACCAGAUGAUCUUUUAAAGCCUGUGAAGCAGUGUGAAACAACUGAAAAAUACGUCAAGAUAGAGCUGCUGGAGAGCAUUUCAAACAGCACUGUAUCUCUCACAGAGGCUGAGCAGUCAGCUGUGGAAGCCAUGGACACACGAAGUCAAAGUGAUGCUGAGAUAAAUCAAAAUGAAAGUGGUAAAGCAAAUGUGGAUACUGCUUCUGAAGACUCCUCGGAAACACUCAAGCAAAAACAUGGCAUGCAUAGUACAGAACAGAGCAUUUCAAUUUCACAACCAGAAAGCCUAGCUUCAAGCCAAGAUGAUACGUACAAAAGCAAGCUUCGCCAGCGUUCUGUUAGUGAAGGGGGAUAUAUCAGAUUGCAUAAAGGAAUUGAAAAAAAACUACAAAAUAGAAAGACAAAUCCUAAAUCUGCAAUACAGCAGGUUGCAAUGAAGCUUGUACAAAGAGGGAAAAAAAUGAAACAGCCCAAAAGAGAGACUACAGAAAAUAAUGAAGAAGAAGCUCAGCACAAAUGCACUGAGUGUGGAAUGGUGUUCCAGCGGCGCUAUGCACUUAUAAUGCACACACUGAAACAUGAAAGAUCCAAAGAUUAUAAAUGCCCGUUGUGUAAAAAAGAAUUCCAGUAUGGUGCUUCCCUUCGAGCCCAUCUCGUCCGGCAUACUUGGAAGACCGAAGUGAAUAGUCCAGCUGCUAAUGCAGAAGAGACAAGCGUGUCUUCAGUGAAAGGGAGAACUAAACGGGAAUUUAUAUGUGAUAUAUGUGGGAGAACACUACCUAAGCUCUAUUCCCUUAGAAUACAUAUGCUCAAACAUACAGGUGUAAAACCACAUGCAUGCAAGGUUUGUGGGAAGACCUUUACGUAUAAGCAUGGAUUAAAAAUGCACUUAGCUCUCCAUGAAGUACAGAAACAGUUCAAGUGUGACUUGUGUGAAAAGUCUUUUGUCACAAAAAGAAGUCUUCAGGAACAUAUGAGCAUUCAUACAGGCGAAUCCAAGUAUCUUUGUUCCAUCUGUGGAAAAUCUUUCCAUAGAGCAUCAGGACUCAGUAAACACAUAAAGAAACACCAGCCAAAGCCUGAAGUUCGUGGAUAUCAGUGUACUCAGUGUGAAAAGAGUUUCUAUGAAGCUCGAGAUCUUCAGCAGCAUAUGAACAAACAUUUAGGUGUGAAGCCAUUUCAGUGUCAGUUCUGUGGAAAAUGUUAUAGUUGGAAGAAAGACUGGUAUUCUCAUGUAAAGUCCCAUUCUGUCACAGACCCUUACAGGUGUAAUAUAUGUGGUAAAGAAUUUUAUGAGAAAGCUUUGUACAGAAGACAUGUACAGAAAGCCACACAUGGUAAAAAAGGAAGAGCGAAACAAAAUCUGGAACGAGUUUGUGAGCACUGCGGAAGAAAAUUCACACAACUCCGGGAAUACAGGAGGCACAUGAACAAUCAUGAGGGUGUGAAGCCAUUUGAAUGUCUAACUUGUGGAGUAGCCUGGGCCGAUGCACGUUCAUUGAAGCGUCACGUGAGGACGCAUACUGGAGAACGACCGUACGUUUGUCCAGUGUGCAAUGAAGCUUACAUAGAUGCCCGGACACUACGGAAGCACAUGACCAAGUUUCAUAGGGACUACGUACCCUGCAAAAUUAUGCUGGAAAAGGACACUCUUCAGUUUCAUAACCAAGGAACGCAGGUGGAGCACGCCAUCAGCAUCUUAGCAGCAGACAUGCAGGAACAAGAAACUGAGAUUAGCGUUGGUGGUGGUGAGAUUGAGACUGUGGUAGUGACAGGAGAAACACUUGAAGCCAUUGAAGCAGUUGCGGCUACUGAGGAAUGUACAUCAGUCUCGACUCUUUCUGACCAAAGCAUCAUGCAGGUUGUAAAUUAUGUAUUGGCACAGCAGCAAGGACAGAAAAUGGCUGAAGUGACACAGGCCAUUGAAACCGUAGAAGUAGAAGUGGCCCAUGUUACAAAGACAGAGCAAAUGUAGUAAAUGAGAAAGCAAGAAGGGUGAGGUCUUGGAUAGCUACGAAUCCGAGCCUUACAGUGAUACCUGUUUUCAAGCAAUUAAUCCCUAGUUCUGAACGUCUUGGUGACAAAAUACUGCACUAUACAUUAUGGGGAAAAAGUUAAGAUGCUUCAGUAUGGGCCAAGGCUUUGAGGACUAAGAUUUCUGCACUGGCCAUAACUGUAUUAAAAAAAAAAAAAAAAAAAAGUUGGAAUAAUGUUUUCUGUGUCCUGGAGUAAGUAUCACGCUGUAACUUUUAAAAAACAAAAAGGAAAAAAAAAUAUUAAGAGGCUGCACUAAACGCUAGAAAUGCACAGGUAUCGGUAGUGGUUUCUUCUGAUUUUAUGUGCAUUUCAUCAAGUUUGUGAGCAAAUUACCUGUACUGGAUUCUGCCUGUUU